AUGCCGUACGGUCUGAACGGUCUGUUGGCUGGUGCGGCCAGCUGUUUUUUCGCAUAUAUUGGUUUCGAUGGACUUGCGACAGCUGGAGAAGAAGCCUCCGAUCCAUCUCGCGCUAUACCGGUCGCAACGUUCAUAUCGAUGUCGAUCGUGACAGCCGCAUACAUUCUGAUGUCCGCAGCGCUCACAUUGAUGGUUCCAUUCAGACAGGUUAAUCCAACCGCUGCGUUUUCGGAUGCGUUCGCCAGCCGUGGAGCUGAAUGGGCCAAAUAUAUCGUUUCGAUUGGUGCCAUGUCAGGAAUGACGACAAGUUUGGUCGGCUCGAUGUUCGCUCUACCACGUUGUGUUUAUGCGAUGGCCGAAGAUGGUCUUCUGUAUUCGACAUUUUCACAGAUUAGCGAUAAGACGCAGGUAGGUGGUCGUAUCAGAAAGUGGGUACCGUUUCAAAGCUGGUUGACUAUACCACAACCAGGAAUUCUGGUGACAUGGAGUGUUUUCAUGAUGAUAAUCGGCGAUGUUGGGAUGAGUAUCAUCUUCGCGAGUGGCUCUUUGAGAUAUUCGUAUGGCAUCGUUUGUGCGGUGCUGUUCGGGUUGAUCGCUGGACUAGCGUUCAUCUUGAUCUGUCUUCAUCAUCAGAAUAAUGCACAGAUCGAUUUCAAGGUACCGUUGGUGCCAUUGGUUCCUUCAGUGAGCAUUCUCGUGAAUGUGCUAUUGAUGAUGCAUCUGGCUCCAGUUACAUGGCUACGUCUCAUCAUAUGGCUUCUUAUUGGAUUUGCCAUCUAUGGAACAUAUGGAAUCAAGCACAGCCGUGAAGAACUAUCGAUGACUUCCGAGGAUUUACCGAAAAGUCGCACUUACGAAAGCGUGAUCAGUGACAGUACACAAUAG